UAAUACUAUCAGGAAACAGGCAGGACUUUGUGUGUGGUGAUACAAUUUAUUUUACUUAUCUGUCACUGUGGACCAGUGAAAGCAGGGAUGGUUUGUCUGAUUCAUCAGCAUUUCAAAACAGCCAGGUUUCCACACAUUUGCAGUAUCAUAUUAUUUAUUAUAGUAACUGAUGUAAUCCUUAACUCGUGCACUAUUCCCAGCAUGAUAAAGAUAUUUCUUGUUAAGGACAAUUUCAUUCCAUUCAACUUAUGUUUGGUACAAAUGUUUGUCCACUAUGCUUUUGGGACUUUGGAGUCAUAUGCACUCGCUAUACUUGCCUAUGACCGGUUGAUCGCAAUAUGUUUCCCUCUGCGUCAGAACUCAAUCAACACACUGCGGAGCAUGUCUUGUAUUGUCGGCCUGACUUGGUGUUUUUCUCUGGGAAUCAUUGCGUUUGCAACAGUUAUAAUGACUCGACUGUCUUUUUGCAAUUCUGUCAGAGUGUUCAGCUAUUUCUGUGACUAUGCACCUGUGUUUAGACUCGCCUGUAAUGAUUACACAUUGCAGUGGUCUGCAGCUUCUUUUCUCACUGUUUUGCUUCUUGUAGGACCCUUUACUUUUAUUUUUCUGUCAUAUGUCAGCAUCCUGGUGACUGUGUUCAGGAUGAAAUCUUUAGACAGUCGGGUGAAAGCUCUUGCCACUUGUGUUGAGCAUAUCAUUCUUGUUGCUGUAUUUUACAUUCCUCUUAUUACUAUUUUUACUAUCGGGUUUUAUCUGCGUUUCAUUGACCCAGACCAGUGUGUGCUGAGUCUGUCGCUGGCCUCUUGCCUCCCACCCUGCAUCAAUCCUAUUGUAUAUUCUUUGAAAACGAAAGAGCUCAAAACCAGAGCCCUGGCACUGGUAAGAAAAAAUUCAAUUGGCACAGAGCAACGUAAGAGCAAACCUUGUAUGGUUAAUGAAACAUUGCAAAAAUUCUUACUCUAAACGUUUGCGUAGCAGGUCAAAAGCCAGGUUUAAUAAGGCUUUCGAUAUGAUAUGAUUUAUAACUUGACACUUUGAUUGUACAGGUGUUGUGUCGAAGUCUGUUUCCCGUCAGUAUGUUACCUUAACUUGAACCCAACCUUAUCCCUAACCCUGUCCAAUUAUCACUGCUUUGCUUGUAAGUGUAACCUUCCCCACACGCGGGAAAACAGGGAACAGACUUCGACACAAGACCGCCUUGUAACAGCACUUCUUCGAAUGAUGCUUUACACGCUUGAGGAGUCCAAUCUGAUCAUUUUAAUCAAGGUUGUUCCCCACAAUGGGGCAAUUGCAGAUGAGUUGGUGCACAUCAAUCCAACACCAUUUAUUUGAUGAAAAUCACAUAUAGACAUGUGCUUUAUUAGAAAUACCCUAAAGGUUCAGCUGGUCCUCACAGCCCACCAAAGAUGGUUUUGAACAGACAGACAUUGUUGGAGAACAGCGUUUUUGCUUGUGAGGUUUGAAAUGAACCCCACCCGAUAAAGGCAGUUUGUUCAAUUGUGUCUGCAUGUUUUUUGUGCUGAAAUAUGUGAUUUGUCUUCAAACAUUUGUGUACCUUAUAAGAUGUCAAGUGUGGAAAAUGUGAUGCUUGUGAUUUUUAGGCACCUUGAACUACAUGGCAAUGUUACAUUUGAUGAGAUGUUUUACUAAUGAAAACUACUGACUUAUGAGUGUGAGUGAGUGUUUUGUUGGCUAUUGAAAAAAUGUGUGUGUGAGCAGUCUGAGCAAAUAAAAAGAUGUGACCUGUACAAUACCUUGCUGUGUUCAUGUUUAUGCAAGGGGAACCCACAGUAGCAACAGACCUGCUACACUGAGAUAAUACAAUGUUUUUAUGUUUAGUUUAUCUUUUAGUUUCUAAAUGUUAACAAUUCAAAACCUUAUAAAAUAGGCUAUGAAGAACAUAGAUUUUUAUAAGUAGGCCUACUUCAAUACAC